AUGGAGAACUCGCCAGCAAAGCUCACUGCAGGGUCAACAGUUGAGUUCGUGCUGGACACCAGAUGCAGGUUUAGAUCUGACGGAUACUACGCAUCUGUGUCAAUAGCUGGCCCUGUGUUUGCUGUUUUGGAUGGAGAUAAGCGUGUCCACAUUGCAAAUGUUGACUACCAGGCUGCUGAUGUAAAUGGAAAUGCAGUUGCCGCAUACCUCGCUAAGAGUUCGGUUGAUCAACGGUCGGGCAUUCUGCGCCCCAUCUGGUCUGCAGGAGAGUAUGCGCGUGUAUCUGGAGAUUACAACCCGAUACAUUUAUCUUCACAGAUUGCGAGCUAUGUUGGGCUGUCAAGACCAAUUGUUCACGGGAUGUGGGUUUCUGCCGCAACACGGGCAGUUGUCGAAAGAUAUGCCGCAGGCGGGGAUCCGGCAAGAUUCCGUUCGUUCAAAACAGAGUUUGUCGGAAUGGUGUUCCCGGGUGAUGCACUAGAUGUGGAAUUGAGCCAUGUGGGAAUGAAAGAUGGUUUCAUGCUCUUUGAGGGCAGGACUGUCAAUCAGCACCAGCGCUGCUGUUUUGACCUUUCACGGCAAAGGUUGAGCAAGCCCAAGACUGCAUAUCUGUUCACCGGGCAGGGUGCCCAGUUUGUGGAUAUGGGUAUGGAUCUGUACGCAAAGUCUCCCUGCUUGCCACGCAAUGUCUGGGACCGAGCAGAAAAGCACAUGUUUGACAAUAAUCCAAAGAAGUUCCAUGUUCACUUUGGAGGAGCCGCCGGAAAGAAGUGCUUGGCAAUUAUCUCAACCUGUCCUAGUGAGAUUCAAGGAGCGUCGUCCCAGCUAUUUGCGAGGAUUGUUCCUAAGGCCACUAAAUUCACGUACUAUUCAGACCAAUGGGCUACUGGAAUGCAACGAUCUUUACGUACAGCCUAUUCAACUGGCACUGGCGCUUGCGCAUUUGCUGGCCAUUCACUUGGUGAACUUUGCUCGCUAGCAGCUAUUGGAAAAAUUGUCUCUGUUGAGGCUGCAGUCGAGCUCGCAUUUUUCCGUGGACUCAUUCCUACACACAUCGGUUGA